AUGCCUCUAAAUAAAGCGGAAUCAUCACCAUAUUUCUCAGAAACACUUCCUACAUCUUUCCCUGGGACUAUCCCCGGAUCAUCUCUCUUUACGGAGUCCAGGACUGAGUUUGAAACACAGAGUUAUUUUAUUGAGAUCCUGGAUGAGAAUCCAGGUUCUCAGGUAGGCCUAUCGUUGGCCGAAGCCACGGGAUCCAGUCUGAGAAGCACCCGAGUGGAGGAUUCCCAAGCCAGUGUUUCUUGGGAGUGGUACCCGCUUGAAUGGAAAUGGUGGACGAUCAUCCAACUCCUAGCUGCGAAUGUAGGAAUCAUCGGAAACUUCCUGGUGAUCCUGGUUGUUUUCAGGAGAGGGAUCAAACGGAAGUCCACCGACAUCCUCAUAGGAACUUUGGCCAUUGCUGAUUUCCUGACCUCCAUAUUCCUGAUACCCCUGCCACCAAUCAAGCAACUCCCAUCGACUUGGAUCGGUCAGAUCUACUGCAAGAUAGUCUAUGUCAACAUCGUCAUGUGGACCUCUGUGACUAUUUCUGUUUUCAUCCUGUCGGCUGUGUCCAUUGAACGCCUUGUUGCCAUAGCCUAUCCUCUACACUUCAAGACUAUCUUUUCAAAUCGCUUGACAGCUAUCUACAUCUUCGUCAUCACUGCAGUAGUGAUCAUCAUCCAGGUCGUGUGGUCUUUCACGGCCUUCGUCGAUGAGGACAAGAAUACAUGCGUAUUGCGAUAUUCUUCAAAGCAACUACAGGCGGACGUCGGGAUCGCCUUGUUCUUCUACAAGAUUGUCAUACCGGGUUUUGUCAUGUUUGUGUCGCAAGCUCUGACGGUAAUGGUUCUGCGAGCAGAGUACAAACGGUUCGGCGACACGGGCAAAGACAUCAACGUUUGUAGUCCUCAGUUCAAGCUUUUGAUAGCGAAGAAAAGGGUUGUGAACAUGCUCCUGAUCGUCCUAUUAACCUUCUUCAUCUGCUGGGGUCCUAAUCAGAUCUUCUAUCUGUUGCUCAACCUUGGUCUAGUACCCACAUCUUAUCUCUAUGGUCCGUUGCAUCGAUUUCUUGUUGUUUUAGCUUUCUUCAACUCUUGUCUCAAUCCGGUUAUCUACACGGCCCGUUAUCCACGGUUCCGUGAAGCUCUUAAAGAUUUGUUCUCAAGCUCUUCUAUCAAGUCACAAGUCCCAAUCUUUGGGCAGAAAAUGGAAACUUCUACAGUGCCUACCAUUGCCAGUAAUGUUGCUUGA